ACUCACAAGUUAGGGGCCGGUUGGGUUGUCAGGGUUGCGCGUAACAGGCUAUGGAGAACGGAUAACAGCUGAAGUGUUUAUUAGAUAGUCAUGGCCCGAGCAAUGCGGGGACGCUUGUAUAUGUAGCUUUAUUAUUGAGAGCGCAUGUAUAUGUAACUAUUUUAUUGAGAACGCGUGUAUAUGGAACUAUAUUGUUGACAUACAACCUGAAGGAAAAUGACUCUGUCUCCAGAGAAAGCCACCGAACUGAAGCAUAUGAUCCACGAGCAGCUGACCCGGAUGGAUGUAGCUGGUAAAAUACGCGAGGUCUUGGCCGACUCUUUGAAACAAGACGCAAGGGCAGAAAGCCAACAGCUGUCAGAACGGGAUAUCAUGAAAGCCUUGAGACAGCGAGGUGUGAUUGACGAUGCCUUCAAGGAACUGAGGUUCUCAGAGGGAUAUGUGGUACAGGAUCACAGUGCAAGGGACCUUACUUCUACUCCAAAACCAGCAACACAUUUUAUAGAUAAAGAACCACGGCCAUUGAAAAAACAUAACAUUGACCCGGCAAGAAGGUAUCUUCACCUUCAGGUCCUCGGGGGCAAAGCUUUCCUGGAACACCUGCAAGAACCCGAGCCUCUCCCUGGACAGGUCUGCUCCACCUUCACCCUUUUUUUACAUUUUAGAAACCAGCGUUUUCGCUCUAAACCAGUUCCAUGUGCCUGCGAACCAGACUUUCAAGAUGGCUUCUUGCUAGAACUGCAUAAAGACAGUUUGGGUGAUGGGAACAAAAUGGCCGACGCAACCACCAUGUUGUCUAUUUGUGAUCCAGUGCAGUUGGUUCUGAUCAGGAUGGACACAGCUGGUGAAACCACUUUAGUAGCAUCUCACUUUCUAGAGUGGCGCUCGGUCUUGGCAGCAGAGAACGGGGUGACUAGCCUUGCUGUGGAACUCUUGGGAGUAGGCGCUGAAUGCAAAGUAUCUGCGGGUAUUUUAAACAUUAAACUUGAGAUGUACCCCCCACUGAACCAGAUUCUGUCUCAGGAAAUUGUUAAAACUCAGCUUACCCUAGAGCGGCAGAAGACCGCCGAGAAGGAACGCCUGUUCCUGGUGUACGCAAAACAGUGGUGGAGCGAAUACCUACAGAUCCGGCCCUCGCACAACUCUAGGCUUGUCAAGAUUUUUGCACAAGACGAGAAUUGGAUAAAUCGCCCUGUGUGUUCCUUUGUCCGUCCUCUUCGGGCAGGACGUCUUCUGGACACCCCACGGCAAGCGGCACGCUUCGUUAGUGUUAUAGGCUUUGAAAAGGCCCCGGUGGUUGGGGGAGGUGGUAAACAAGAACAGUGGUGCAGCAUGUUGUCCUUCCUAUGCAGAAAUAAGGGUGACUGUGAAGACCAUAGUAAUCUCCUGUGCAGCCUCCUUCUUGGGUUUGGGUUGGAUGCCUAUGUCUGUGUUGGGACAAAGGGAAAGGGUGUAGCGCACACUUGGGUGAUGACAUAUGGCACAGAUGGAUCGGUCACCUUCUGGGAGAGCUUGACUGGGCACAGGUAUGUGCACCAGCCAAUCAAUCCGGAUGAUCCCCCGAUAGUCGAACAGCCUAAGCCCCUGUAUCCUUACCGAACGAUUGGCUGUAUCUUCAAUCAUCAACGCUUCCUUGCCAACUGCCAGCCUUCUGAUUCCGUGGAACUUUGCUUGUUUGAUCUGAAUGAUGAGUCCAGAUGGAAGCCAAUGAGCGAAGAAGCCGUUAAAUCGGUCUGUUCUCCGGGGUCCAUCACUUCGCUUCCUCCGUUCCCGCCGCUCUGUUGUUCCGUGGUUGAUGCCGCAGCAGAGAGUAAUGAGAUUGAGUUACAGCUCAGAGUUCUUGUAUCGGAGCACAGAAAGGAUUUAGGUCUCACCACAGUGUGGGAGGACAAUCUUUCCUACCUCUUGUCCUCUGCGUUGGCCUCGUUUGAGAUUGAACGUACCACCGGAAUCUGCGCUGGGAACGAAGAGUUUCAGGAUGCCAUAAGGCGGGCAGUUCCAGACGGCCACACGUUUAAGGGGUUCCCCAUUCAUUUUGUGCACAGAAACGCUCGGAGAGCGUUUGCAACUUGUCUACGGUCUCCUUUUUGCGAUGAGAUUAUUAGCUGUCGCGGCGAUCAAAUCAGACUCGCGGUGCGAGUGCGAGUUUUCACGUACCCAGAAUCUGCGUGUGCCGUGUGGAUUAUGUUUGCAUGUAAAUAUCGCUCUGUUUUAUGACACAUGCAACAAUAUCUUUGUCAUGGACUGUCAACCCUUGCUCUGAUUCAAUUUCCAGGGAAAACUUCUUCAAUUCAUGUGGCGUUUGUCAUUAUGCAGGAUUUUUUUAUAAAUGAUGAAUGUGUAUAUCUGUACAAUGUAAAAAUUACAUACCAUAAUUUAUUUUGUAUACACUUUCAUUAAAGCAUCUUUUCUUGAA